AUGGUGGCUAUUCAAGCACGACGUCGAAAUGAUGUAGAGUCUAUCCCAACUAUUUUCGAUGCAUCUCAGCCUUUGGGACCUUUCAUUUAUGAGCCACUGGACUCGGAUUCCGAUAGUGACUCUUUCCGGCUUCUAAUGAUAGAACCGUCCCUGAAAGAGAAUGAUACGCUGUCGUGCAAGUUGAACGGAUAUACUUUCAAGCGAAAUCCGUCAUUAUGUGGCUGGGGAAGAAGUACGAGAGAUACAAGAAGCAUCAGAUACCACCUCAGAGACUACGAUUCGGUCGGAAGAAACGCUCGAAUCGCCGAAUAUAGGGUAAAAGACGAGGAUAUCUUGAUUGCGGACAAUGAGGAACGAGAAAUGGUUAAAGAGCUAUGCGCUGAUAGAUAUUGGAACAGGUUAUGGAUAAUUCAAGAGAUCGGGCGAGCACGGCAGAUAGAAGUUCUUUUUGGUGAAAUCGACAUGUCUUGGAAGGCAUUCAUCAAAUUGGUAACUUUGCACAAUAAUAGUGACGAGGGUGCUUGGAGGUUAAACUCACUGCUUCGAGAAAAAUAUUCUGGUGCCCAUAUUUUUCGUAAGCUCUUGAGUGACCAUCGAGAAGCGUUAUGCAAGGAGCCAAGAGAUAAGAUAUACGGCUUAGUUGGUUCAGCAGCUGAUACUAUCGGAUUUCCCAUGGAUUACGACAAAUCUCUGGUCAAAGUAUGGGUGGAUACAAUGAAGUUUAUGAAUCGUGGUGGGGGUCUUUCGAAAGACGAUAUUAUUUCUGUUGGAGGGCUCGUUAAGAGUCUGCUGAUCGGAGCGAACUCGGGGCCCCUUGAACAAGCUCUACCAUUGAACCAUUCGCAAUCUACUCUGACCCUCUGCAUAGAAGAUACCAAAAACAGCAGUCCCGAAGUAUUUGGACUCAAAGGCUAUGUCGUCGGAUGCAUGGUAGCUGUCAGCCCUUCCCCUACCGAAAUAGUUUCGAAUAUGCAAAAGGCCGAUCGAUGGGACUCUGAAAUUUUACAAAAUUUUCCAAAGGAGCUCGGUGAAGCCCACCGUGAGAACGAUGAACUGACGCACUAUAUUUUAGAAGCAAAAAACUCCGAGCUAGAAUCAAUUGCUUUCAGUCACAUGAGUAGUGUGCCUUGGAAAAAUUCGUGUAACUAUCACAGAACCCCAGAAUUUGUUGACGAGUGCAAGAUUAAACAACUGCAAGCCGAAUACUCUGUUGCAUCACAAGAUAUCUCAACGACGGCUCCUAGCUCAAAUCUAUUUCUCGUCAAAAACUACUACCGCAGAGAAACACCCUGGAAAAUGGGAAUUGCGACAAGCCUAGCCCGCCCGGGAGACCUAGUUUGCUGGAUCAGCGGGGUCUCGAGAGCUCUUCUACUGCGUCAAAUUGGAAAAUCGGGAAACGCCAAAGUAUGGCAGGUACUUGGCACAGCGUUGUUCACACGGCAUCUUGAUUUAAAUGACAAAACACGCCAUGUAACCGAUCUGACUUCGUUUGACGAGGAGACAAUGGAAUUAGAGAUGGACGCAUCGACAAUUUAUGUUCUCUUGUCUUAA